AUGUUUGGAAUUGAAGAUAGAGAAUACUAUGGAAAGAGAAUACCAGAAAGAUACUCUGGAAUAGCUGAUGGAUGUUCUAAGGGACGUAAUGAAUUGAAGAAAAUUGACAUACUACUAAGAAAUGUUGCAAUGAUAGGAAAUGAAUGUUUUAGUGAAUGUUUAUUAGAAUCAUUAGAAUCAAUUAUUUUACCAACAACAAUCACUAAAAUAGGAAAUGGAUGUUUUGAUAAAUGUACAAUAUUAACAACAGUUAAUAUACCAACAAAUGUAAGUAAAAUAGGAGAUUUGUGUUUUAAUAAAUGUACAAGAUUAAGAACAAUUAAUAUACCAACAAGUGUUAGUAAAAUAGGAGAUGGUUGUUUUAAAGAAUGUUAUUCAUUAAAAUCAAUUAAUAUACCAACAAGAGUUAGAAGAAUAGGAUAUUAUUGUUUUUUUCAAUGUACAUCAUUAACAACAAUUAAUAUACCAACAAGUGUUACAUAUAUAGGAAAUUGGUGUUUUGCAUAUUGUGAAUCAUUAAAGUCAAUUAAUAUACCAACAAGUGUAAUUGAAAUAGGAGAAUAUUGUUUUAUAGGAUGUUCAUCAUUACAAUCAAUUAAUAUACCAACAAAUGUAAUUGAAAUAGGAAAUAAUUGUUUUUUUGGAUGUUCAUCAUUAGAAAGAAUUGAUAUACCAACAAGUGUUAGAAGAAUAAGAGAAGGAUGUUUUUAUGAUUGUACAUCGUUAACAACAAUUAAUAUACCAACAAGUGUAAUUGAAAUAGGAGAUGAAUGUUUUUAUGGAUGUUCAUCAUUAACAUCACUUACAAUACCAACAAGUGUAAUUGAAAUAGGAGAUGAAUGUUUUUUAGGAUGUUCAUCAUUAACAACAAUUAGUAUACCAUCAAGAGUAAGUUUAAUAGGAGAUAGUUACUUUAAUGGAUGUCUAGAAGAAUUAAAGGAAAAAGAAGUAUUAAGAAAGAAAUAUAAUAAUGAUUGUGUCAUUGUUUAA